CGGGGGGAGGGGGGCGGCUCCCGCCCCCACCGGCCAUCUGGCCUUCCCGCCGCCAUGGCCGGCGUUCGCGCCGGUGCGCAGAUGCCGCAUCUGAGCAAGAUGGAGCGGGUGGUCGUGAGUAUGCAGGACCCCGACCAGGGCGUGAAGAUGCGGAGCCAGCGCCUGCUCAUCACCGUCAUUCCGCACUUGGUGGCUGGCAGCGACCUCGUGGAGUGGUUGAUCCAGAAGUACUGCAUCUCAGAGGAGGAGGCCCUGCACCUGGGCACUCUCCUGGUGCAGCACGGCUACCUGUACCCGCUGCGAGACCCCCGCUGUCUUGUGCUCCGGCCAGACGACACACCCUACAGAUUUCAGACGCCCUAUUUCUGGACGAGCACGCUGUGGCCAGCUACUGAGCUGGACUAUGCCAUCUACCUGGCGAAGAAGAACAUCCGAAAGCAGGGGGCCCUGGUCGGCCACGAGAAGGUGGGACGCUCCCCUAGGCUGAGGCCAGCCAGAGGAACCCAAGCCCUGCUCUUGACCCCGGGGCCUCAGUUUGCCCUGGAGCACACACACGGCCCAGGCCCCGGGAUGGUGCAGACACAAACACGGGAUCCCUAUAUGUCUCAGUGGGGACGUGGGUGGUUCCUAACCCAGAGCUGGACAGGAGAGGGGUUGCCCAGGGUAGACCUCAACACCCUCCAGGAACACUAUGGCCAGCUGCACAGGAAGAUCAACCACGCAUGGGACCUGGUGGUGAUGCAAGCGAGAGAGCAGCUUCGGGCAGCUAAGCAGCGCAGGAAGGGGGACAGGCUGGUCAUGGCGUGCCAGGAGCAGACGUACUGGCUGGUGAAUAGGCCUCCGCCAGGGGUCCCCAGCGUCCUGGAGCAGGGUCCAGAGCGCAGUUCCUGCACUGCCGGGCAAGCGCAGAUGUCCCCACAGGGCCUGCCUUCUAAUUGCAGCCCGCCCGGCCCUUUCCAGACCAAGAAUAUAGAUUUCUACAAGCGAGAGAUGGAGCUGUGCAGAAAAGCCCUGGGCAGGGCCCGGGUGAAGUCCUCGGUCUGCCUUGAGGCGUACCUGAAGUUCAGCAGCCAACGUGAGCUGCAUGAUCCCAUCAUGUCAGGGUGCCUGCCUGGCAACCCCUGGGUCACAGAUGAUGACACCUACUGGACCAUGAACGCACCCAGCGUGGCUGUGCCCACGAAGCUCCGCGUGGAGCGAUGGGGCUUCAGCUUCCAGGAGCUCUUGGAAGACCCUGUGGGACGGGCGCAUUUCAUGGCCUUUCUCGGGACAGAGUUCAGCGCUGAGAACCUGAGCUUCUGGGAGGCAUGCGAGGAGCUGCGCCACGGAGGGCAGGCCCAGGUCCGCGCCAUGGUGGACGCCGUGUACCAGCAGUUCCUGGCCCCUGGCGCUGCCCGGUGGGUCAACAUCGACAGCCGGACGAUGGAGCGGACCCUGGAGGGUCUGCACCAGCCCCACCGCUACGUGCUGGAUGACGCCCAGCUGCACAUCUACAUGCUGAUGAAGAAGGACUCCUACCCGAGGUUCCUGAAGUCUGCUGCCUACAAAGACCUGCUGGCCGAAGCCGUGAUUCCCCCAGAGGCCAAGAAACGGGUGUUCCCGUUCAUGCGGAAGCUGCCGCAUUCAAGCCCCAGCCCCGCGCUGCUUCCUGCCGCCACCUCUGGGGAGCCUGCGGCUGCCGCCGGUGGCCCUGAGUGUGGUGAGGGGGGCGCCUAAGUGGGCAGAAGCGCCACCCUCACCUCUUGCCCAGGGUCCUGGCCACUUUUGAGAGCCCUGGCACGGGCGUCCCCUCGUGCCCAGAGGCCCCGGCCUUGCUGUGGGGCAAACAGACCUCUUGGGCUCCCUCCCACCUUUGCCCUUGUCAAGCCCUCUCGACGCCUCCCCACCUCCAGAACCACAAACUGCUGGCAGAUACCAGGUGGGCCUCCGGCAGGUGGCACUUGUCAUAGGGGGAGAUGCAGGCCGCCGGGUGGAUUUCCCCGGGGCGCUCCGCCCAGUGUGACCCUGUGGGGACCCCACACCACGUCCCCGCUUCUGCUGGGGGCGCCUCAGCCUUCCAGUCAGCCUAGAGCCAUCCUCCGGCGUCUCGUCUACACUGUGGCCGCCACUGUGCACGUCCCAGGCCUCAUGCCCCAGGGGCGCCUCUGGCCGGUGUCCUGGAGGCUGUGGCUUCUCCAGCAGAGUUGCACAGGGACGGCCCCAACGGCCCCACCCUGGUGACAACUGGUGCCAGUUCCCCGCAGGGGCGGGUGGAGCCCUUGGGGGAGGAGGGGGACGCCAGACCCGGGGCGGAGGACAGUUGGUCCUCUGGGAGCGCAGCUCUGUGGGGCCAGAGGGAGCGGCGCCCCCCUUCCUGCUCCCACCCACGCCCGACGCUGAAAUAAAAGACCCGCAGCUCUCA